AUGAAAAAAUACAGUAUUGGUCUUGGACUUGGGCAGAACGUUGUAACCCCAAUACCACCAAUAUUUCCUCAAAAUCGAUCAGACUGUGUUAAUCUGAGAGAACCACGUUGUACAGAUGCAAUUCUGGACUUAAUGGAAGCGGAGAGAGUAGAGAACUGGUGUGGAUUGAAAAUAGGGCAAGUUCUAUUUGACUCAACAACAGAUGAUUGGUCCAUUAAUAAAUCUGUAUUUGCUUCAAAAUUGUAUGGCAUUUCCAACCUUCUUUACAUUAUUACAGAUGGAACUGGAAAUAAAUUUGGGGCUUUUGUGUCCAAGCCAUUUCAUCAACAAUCUGCAUGGGUUCGUGACGAGGAUGCUUUUAUAUUUAUGUUGAAAUACAAACUUUCACAAGGAUUGAAACCAAUAGAAAUCACUAUGAAUGGACACGAACACGCUUUUUAUGUCUUUGGGAACGAUGAAGACGAACUCUGUGCAUUUGCGUUUGGUGAGAUUCUUGUAUAUAAAAAAGAUUUUAGAAACAAAAGCUGUUGCAUCCCAGACUACACAGACAACCCACCUUAUGUUCUCCUUCCAACCGAUCGAGUAUUUUAUGCUUACAGAAUUUGUGUUGUAAAAAUGAUUUGA